AUCAAUACAAAGAAAACCAUUAUUUUUUACAUCUUUCAACACAUACACAAACUUAUAUACCCCUUCCUCCAAUAUAGGAAUAUAACGUUUACCAAUUGCAGCACAUCCCAUGACUGAAGGAUUCAUCCACAAACAUGUUCUUUUCAAGUUGAAGGAUUAGAGGAAAUUAAACCUCAAGAAUACAUAGGAAUUAGAAAUCAUGGAUCAACUUUCUUCAUCUCUCAAGAAAUCAUUAACACCUCAUGGUUCUUAUAAGAAGGUUUCCACUGCCCACAAUAUCGAAAAUCAACCCAUACUCGCUCACAGAAGCCCGGAAGCCCCGUCUGCUUCCUCCUCCAUCAACUCCUCGUUGACGACAAGAUCCUCCUUUGAUCUGAAUGACCGACGAGAGGUCAUUGUCAAGAUCGACGGUGGAGAAAAAAACAAUGGAAACGAACAUAAUAUGUUAUGGCACGAGCCAAGUUACGAAUUUUGGAGAGAAGAAAUGAAUAACGGGCCCCAAAACAACGGCCCGAAUACAUUCCAGCGUGGCAAGGACAUGCCUGAGGAUCCACCCUCCAGAUUAAUUGGACAGUUCUUGAAUAAACAAAGAGCUGUUGGAUGUGAAAUGACAUUGGACAUGGAUAUGGAGAUGGACGAGCUGAGGAAUCAUCCAAAACCUGAAAAUGAUCACAGCGCUGCUGGAUCCAGUCCCCUAAUAAAUUUCCCCCCUGAUUACAAACACAAUCAUAAUCAUACAACGUCAAGAGAACUUAGAGUUUCAUUUCAGGCUCCGUCACCAUCUAGUAACGUGGUUGACAUCGAGCCUGACCAACCUUAUAAUAAUGAUUCAUCGAGCGAUGAAGAGGGUGGUGAAACUAGUGAUGCAACACCCAAUGAGCAAAAGUAUCUUAAUCGAAGGAGGACCAUAAACAUGAAUAAUUCUCCAGAUGAUACUAAUAACAGCAACAAUACAUAUUACACUCCUAAAAAUGGUGUUGGUGAUACUGAUCAGGUGCUAAGGUGCACUUCGUUUCAAAAGAGAGCGAACAUAUUAGGGAGAGCAAAGACAAAAUCAAGGCUAAUUGACCCGCAGCCUGACAUACCUGAGAGGAAAUCAGGAAAAAUUGGAAAAUCAGGUCAAUUAAAAUCUGGACUAUUAGGAAGAACUUCUGGGAUGCUAAAGCCACCAGAGGAGGAAGACGAUGAUCCAUUAUUCGAUGAAGAUCUUCCAGAUGAAUUUAAAAAGGACAAACUUGAUUGCUGGACGCUGUUACAAUGGAUAAGUCUUAUUGUAAUUGUUACAGCUUUAAUCUGCACACUUAUUAUCCCUAUAUUGAAGAGAAGAAUAUUAAGAGGACUUCAUUUGUGGAAAUGGUUAGUUUUGGUUCUUGUUUUAAUAUGUGGGAGAUUGUUAUCAGGAUGGGUAAUUCGGUUAGUUGUGUUCUUUAUUGAGAGGAAUUUUCUAUUGCGGAAAAGGGUACUAUAUUUCGUUUAUGGUGUUAGAAAGCCUGUUCAGAAUUGUCUUUGGUUAGGGUUGGUUUUAAUUGCUUGGCAUUCCAUGUUUGAUCAGAAAGUUGAUACGACUAAUAAGUUCUUGGGGUACAUCAACAAACUGAUGAUAUGUAUGCUAAUUGGGACAAUGUUAUGGUUGGUGAAAACUCUCAUGGUUAAAGUCCUAGCAUCUUCAUUUCAUGUUAGUACUUUCUUCGAUCGAAUUCAAGAGUCAUUGUUCAAUCAGUAUGUGAUUGAGACAUUAUCAGGUCCUCCUAUGCUUGAAAUCCACCGAUCUCAAGAAGAAGAGGACAGAACACUGGCUGAAGUUUGGAAGCUACAGAAUAUUGCAGGGGCACAGUUGCCACCAGAACUUAGGCCUCCACUUGCUCCUCGAUACAGUAGUAAGGGUGCAAGUGUUAAUGGUGGGCAAACACCAACACCAAAACCAUCAAGAACAGUAAGUAUCGCCAUUUCUGGUAUUUCUGGUCCCUUGUCAAAAAAUCCAGAUGAACCAAAUCAAGGAAUAUCCAUUGAUCAUCUGCAUAAGUUGAAUCCCAAGAAUAUUUCAGCUUGGAAUAUGAAGAGAUUGAUUAAAAUAGUAAGAUAUGGGGUAAUAUCUACGUUAGAUGAGCAAAUACUCGAUACCAAAAGAGAAGAUGACUCUACUACACAGAUAAGAAGUGAAUAUGAGGCCAAAGUUGCUGCCAGGAAAAUAUUCAGAAAUGUUGCUAAGCCUAGGUCCAAGUUCAUCUAUCUGAAGGACUUAAGUAGCUUCUUGCGAGAUGAUGAAGCUCUGAAGACUAUGAAUCUUGUGGAAGGAUCACCGGACAGAGAAAAGAUCAGUAAAGCAUCACUCAAGAACUGGGUGGUGAAUGCAUUUAGAGAACGAAGAGCUCUAGCUUUGACGCUAAAUGAUACAAAAACAGCAGUGAACAAACUUCAUCAGAUGGUGAAUGUUUUAGUCAGCAUCAUCAUUUUAGUCAUCUGCCUUGUGAUUUUAGGGAUCGCAACCAGCAAGUUCUUGCUCUUCGUCAGCUCUCAAGUCGUUGUUGUGGCAUUUGUAUUUGGAAACACAUGCAAAACCAUAUUUGAAUCUAUCAUUUUCUUAUUUGUGAUGCAUCCAUUUGAUGUGGGUGACCGAUGUGAGAUUGAUGGAGUUCAGAUGAUUGUCGAAGAGAUGAAUAUUUUAACUACCGUAUUUCUGAGAUUUGACAACCAAAAGAUAAUAUAUCCAAAUAGUACUCUUUUAACACGACCUGUUGGCAAUUACUACCGUAGUCCUGAUAUGGGAGACUCGGUUGAUUUUACGGUCCACAUUUCUACACCAGCAGAGAAAAUUGCUGCUAUGAAACAAAGAAUGAUCAGUUAUAUUGAGAGCAGGAAGGACCACUGGUAUCCCUCUCCUUCGGUUGUAUUGAUGAACCUAGAAGAUCUAAACAGGGUGAAAUUGUCUGUAUGGAUCAGACAUAGAAUUAAUCAUCAGGACAUGGGAGAGAGAUGGAACAGACGAGCUCAAUUGGUUGAGGAGAUGGUUAAAAUUUUCAAAGAGUUCGACAUUGAGUACCGACUGUAUCCCAUUGACAUCAAUGUUCGUGGUAUGCCUCCCAUUACCUCCAACAGGGUUCCCUCAACUUGGCCUACUUCCGGGAAUUAA